AUGGCUUCGCUCUCCGCCAAACGCAAGUCUCCCGAAGACGCGUCCCACAAUGACGAAGCAAGGACACCGACAGGCAGUCCCCCCCAGAAGAAGCUUCGGAUUACACGCAGCCAGAAACAAGCUCUUAUUGAUAACUUGCAGCUCGAACUCACCGAGCGCGCCCGCAAACUUCGCGCACAAUAUGCCCUCCAGGCGAACGAUCUCCGGGCGCGAAUUGAGAGACGCGUCAACCGAAUUCCCAUUGCUCUUCGAAAGGCGACAAUGGGCGAGCUGUUGGAAAAACAUAUGGCCUCUCUUCGAGCCCAACAAGAGAAUACGUCUCCGAGGAAACUCCUCAGCCCGGCCAAAGCGCCAAGGAAUUUCGCAACCAUCUCUGUUAGCCCCAAGGUGCACAAGGCUUCUGCUGCAAGCCCCAGCGCCCGCAGGGUAAAGAAACAAAGCCACGGAGAAAUUUAUUCGGACAAGGAAAACGCUCCUGCAGCAGGGGAAUCGCUCGACGUCCUGAAGAAUCCCAAACGACGUGGGAAGCCGGGCACUGCUGCUGGUACUUCGAGAGUGGUAUCGCAGGAAAUGAGAGGUGCAGACUAUAGGAUUCUCUCCCCGAAGACAUCGAAUUCACGGACAUACCCACAAUCGCCACUGCGCGCCUCGCCUGAGAAGCCCACGAACUCUUCCUACCUUGCACGACCCAUCUCACCUUUAAAGCCAUCCAGCCCGCUCAAAUCCACAUCAGCCAGCAUCCCCGCACUGGCAAAUAACCCUCGCAUUCAACCAGUCAAAAGUGCUUCCGCAUCCAUCAGGGACAACCGACCCCCGUCACAGGCCAAGAGACCCGUCAGCCGAGCCGCCACGGGAACUAAAGUGAUGCGGUCACCACUGCCAAGACCCGCAACGCGCCAGCUUGAGCGCAGAGGCAGCGUCUCGUCUUCCGCGUCCUCCGGAACAACCGUUGCCAAGCCAACUCGGACAGGCACGGGCGCUCGUAAGGCAACCACGGCAUCGACAUCAAGCGCGACUGCUAAGAAGACGACUAUUGCUCGAAGCCAAGCAGCUUCUGCGGCCGCCAAAAGAAACACUACUUCGGCCACCACCAAAAGGGCCCCUACCCCGGCAGGAGGCGAAGUCCCAACAGCGGCCCGCAGAGUUCUUCGGAAACGCGCCUAA